UGCUCUCUCCGCUGGCCACACAAGAUCCUUUGCGUGCCAAAAGACUUAUCACAGUCAAAGUCGACUCGAAAAUCGAAGGAAAGUUCGAUUUCUGCACGCAACGAGGGUGAAAAUGGAAAAAAUACUACAGGGCGUUGUGCGAUUUCGACAUGUUCUUCGACCCUCGCUGUUGCCUAGUUUGCGGGAAGUUGCCGAAAAAGUAGCGCCUAAGACUGUGCUGGUUGCAUGUGUUGACUGUCGCAUUAUGCCAGAGACCUACAUGAGUAGUGAGCCUGGUGACAUGUUUGUCGUGCGAACAGCAGGAAACCUCCUACCACACGCUAAGCUAUAUGGAGAUGUAGGAUCAUGUAGUGAGCUUGCUGCACUUCAGAUGGCUAUACAGGAAGGCAAGGUGGAAAAUGUGGUGGUGUGUGGUCAUUCUAACUGCAAGGGAAUGACAUUCCUUUUAUCAGAUGACCCACGCACAGACAAUCAUUACAUUCCUUGGUUGAAAAAAACUGGUGCCUCCUCGUUGACAAGAUUUGAAAAAGUAGACAUGUCACAAGAGGGUGGUGUGAAGCUUCUGUUUGAGGAUGCUACUGGAGGGGAGCCUAUGGAGGUGACAAUAGAUGAAGGGAAUAAGUUGGACAGUGUGGAUAAACUCUCACAAGUAAAUGUGCUUCAGCAGCUUCACAACCUCAAGUCGUUCCCAUUCAUCAGUAACCCACUAUCUAAGGGGGCUCUUAACCUCUAUGGCCUUUGGUUUGACAUCAAAGAAGGGGAGAUGUACAUGUUUUCAAGAAAGCAGAAGAAGUUUGUCUUGAUAAAUAAAGACACAGUGAACAACCUGUGCUCUGAGGUGGAUUGAAAAGGGGUAGCCACUAACAAUUAGGAAUAUACAAUGUCACCAUAGGGCGCAAUACUAUUUAUUUUGUUCAAACGCUUUUCUACCAUUUACAAAGAAAUAAUAGAAGAAUCAGAAAACAUAUGGUAACUUAUAUAAUAUACUGUAGGUUGGAAUAUUUUAUCUAAAAUAAAUGUGGGUUAUUUGCAAGUCAAAUCCAUUUGCAAUUUUGUUUUACUGUAGUUUUGAGUGUUUUUAACACUUAGCCUGCAGGAACUUAGCAACUGAGGGAAUAAAGUGCAAUGGUUUUAGAA